CGGAUCUGGUAGACAGGCGACGUCGUCGUCGUCGGCCGCCGGCGCGUGGCUGGUCAUUUCAUCCUAGUCUAGCACGAGUGCGAUGGAUGCGAUACUGCGCAAUAAGGACCACCUCGAGCUUCUCCUGCGCGGGGCCAUGGGCCUCUGCGCGCUCACGACGUUCGCCACGAGCACGGUCGUGACGGGUAUUGCCAGCGGUGACUUUGCCUUUCUUCUUUCGUACACGCAGCUGCUCUACUCGGGCUUCUACGUCGUCUUUGUACUGCGCCAGAAGAAGAUCUCACUCGAGCUGCGCACGAGAGGCGCCAUCGACGGCGGCUUCGGGCUCCUCCUCUUCGUCGCCGCGAUCUGGCUCAUUGCGAGCCGCGCGUUCACGUACUGCACCGUCUCGAGCUGCGCCGGCGCGUACGCAUGCACUGUCUUCCUCUUUGUGGGCGCUUUCAUCCAAGGCGCGUCCGUCUACUUGGUGUAUACGCAGCUUUACCGCCGACACUCGAUCGACGACGCCACCAGCAUCGAGAGCCCCGCCGUGUUGCAGUAGUAUAUCGAUUUGUCGUCCUAACAUUGAUGUCGUUGUCUGCGACGCAAAAUUUCCAUGCAG